GUUCUCGUACCGUGUCAAUAAAUGGCUCGUCGAGUAAGGGAAAGUAUUGACGAGACGUCGCGUGAAGUAACAGCGCUGUAGCCACGCCAAGGUGACCGACAGGGGAUUGCGUAAGCGCCGAUUAGAGCUCACUCGAUUUGCAUCACCAACCGUCGAGAUGUUGCGCGUGUUUUUCGUUCUGGCGAUUGUGGCGCCAUCUCUGUGCGCACCGUACGACCCGGAGGACGACGAGUUGAAGACAGUGUUGCCAUCUAGCGGUGAAUUCGAAGCGUUUUAUCCGCGCAUGGCGCACGGGAUUCCAAACGGCUCGUCGAGGCCUGCACACGGACACGGCAGUUUUUAUAAACACCGCAACCCGGCGCUAGUUGACGUAAAAAAUGCAGCAGCGUACGGUUUCCGCUUUGACGGCGGCAGAAGGUUCAACUUUGAUGACGCUUAAAAUGCAGUUCCAAUUAAGUAUGUUACGAUUUGAUUAAAAAAAUGUAAUGGA